AUAUCGUAUUUAGUUGGCUGUUAGCUGUCUGUGUUACUAUAAACUUUACUAUUAGCUCACCGCUGAAGCUAAACUUUCAUUUAUUUAAAUCUGUAUGUUUUAAUGUUAAAUUAUUUGAACUUUGUUGUUUAUUUUAUUUGACUGUAAGAUCUGUUUUUUGUGUCGCGUUUUGAAACUAUUCACAACUAUGUCAUCGGACAAUUUACUAGUAUCCGCACCAAGCAUAGUGGACAGAGAUUUUGUGAAGCCGAAGCUCUAUGGCCCGGGCCCCUGUGACUAUUGGCCUUCGAUGGAAGAGGCCCUUAGCAAGCCCAUCAUCACUCCUAAUUGUGAUGAGUUUUAUAACGUUCUAGACGACAUUCGCGCAGGUUUGCAGUAUGUGUUCCAAACUAAAAGUAAGCUGGUGUUAGCGAUGAGUGGAGCUGGUCAUGCAGGUAUGGAGGCGGUGAUCAGUAACCUGGUGGGGCGAGGGGAGACCCUGCUCAUCGCGUCCAGGGGUAUCUGGGAUCAGCGCGCUUUUAUCAUCGCUAAUAGAUUAGGUAUCAAAACCGAAGUAAUCACAGCUCCAACGAACGCAACAUUUAGUCUGGAACAAUUGGAGCCUGCACUGAAGAGAUUGCGUCCGGCCGCCCUGUUCAUCACCCAUGGUGAUUCGUCCACAGGAACCGUGCAGAAAAUGGACGGAUUGGGGGAACUUUGUCACAGAUAUGGAGCCCUUCUCCUAGUAGAUACAGUGGUCUCUCUGAUUGGAGUACCCUUCCUAAUGGACGAAUGGGGAGUAGAUGGGGCAUUCACUGCUACCCAGAAGGCGUUCAGUGGACCAGCAGGAAUCUCUCCUGUGGCAUUCAGUGCAUUAGCAGAGGAAAAGAUCAAUAGCAGGAACUUUGAACCUCCUUUCUACUUCGACGUAAAAUUGCAAGCGCACCAGUGGAACUGCUACGGGGAUACAAGAUCUUACCACCACACAUUAUGCGCUCCAAUGCUAUGGGCCCUCCGUUGCUGUCUCCAAGAGAUUACCAGAGAAACUCUACCUGUCUCCUGGGCACGGCACGCAGCCAGCACAGCUCACUUCCACAAGCGGCUUCAAGAGUAUGGCUUCCAACUCUUCGUGCCUAAGCCAGAUGACAGACUGGCUACUGUCACCACUGUGGUCCUUCCACCGGGCAUAGAUUACUUGGAGUUCACUAAAUAUUUGAGAGAAAAGCACAAUAUCCUGAUCUUAGAAGGUCGUGGCCCAACAGUGGGCAAGGCGUUACGCAUCGGUAUCAUGGGAGUAAACGCUACCACUAAGGUUGCGGACACACUGGCCGAUGCAUUGGCCGAUGCUAGGAAAGCUUUUCAGUCAACAAAUAAAUGAUAUUAAAUGUU